AUGAAUUCAGGUGUUUCCCCUAGAAGGCCGCCCCUGGCUCCCAAACCUCAGGUACCCAAGAAGCCUGCAGUGGCAGCUGUCAAACCACAGCCUCAUCCAAAACCUGCACCUGUCACUGCCAUCUCUACAAAACCAGAUGGGACCACAUCUACACACUCUCUACACAAACAAGCUGAGGUUGUGAAAAGCACAGCUGCUGAAGAAAGGUCUGCGCCUACUAAAAUCCCUGAGAAAUCUACAGAAUCACCAGACUCAAUUGUCGACCAAGUGAAGAGACCAGAAGCUGCACAAAAUGGUAAAGAAGCAUCCAGUGUGAACUCGGGCCAGCAGAAAGUUAGUCCAACUGAUGAACCAAUCACUAUUUCCUCUACAUCAACAGAAUGUGUGACAGACUCUGACAGAAUACAAACUUCAGCCACAGAACAGCAACCCCUGUCCCCAACAAAAAUGUCUCAGCCCCCAGUUCCUAAACCAAGAAGAAUAUCCAGUGAGCUUCCUGUAGGUGCCAGUCAGGGUAACAGUGAGGAGGAAAACAAUGCUGAAGCAGCACUCCAACUACUUGAGAAUGCCAUAGAUAAAUGGGAGGCAGGCCUUCCCAGGGAAACAGAGGAGGAAGAGGAUGAUGGAGGGGUUUUGGAAUCCGAGGACAAAGAUAAAGUGGAUCAGGUUAUGAACACAAAAACAGCAGAAGUUGGUGACCCAGGAGAAACUUGUGAGUCACCCAAGGACACGGUUACACAUGGGGACGUUACAGGCUCUGUAGCAGACAAAAGUCAAGGUUGUCUGGGUGCCGAUGUUGCAAAUUUUUCAGUCGAGGAUGUAACAAGUGCUUCCAGUGGUCAACAACAGGAGCAGGGGGAAAACGUGAAUUCUAGUGAAGAGAAACAACUUGACAAUGAUGUGACUCCAACUAGAUCAGACUUCAAGAAAAGAGUACAAGAGAGACCAAGACCAGUCCCUGCUCCAAGGAGAUCUGUUAAGGCUGUAGAUGUAGUUAAGGAGGAAGGAGACAAGGGAAAAGAAACUGCCGAUGUCAAACCUAAGGAGAGAGAAGGCAGCAGAAUGGUGAAACCACCAAGAAGGCCUCCUCCUCCUCCAUUUCUCAAACAGAAGGCAGUUUCUGCAGGUAGGACAAAGUCUGCACCUAAGAGACCUGAAAGCUCCUCGGAAGAAGUCUUUCUUCCAAAUUCAGAGCUUGAUAGCUCACCUGUUCCAGGCACUGCCAAGAAGGGGCCUAAGAAAACUCACUUUUCUUCAACAAUAGCUUCAGGAAUAAGGAGUUUCUUUGAGAAGUCUCCCAACAAAAGUAAGGAUGCUGACAGCAAGAGGACAGAUAAACCUGUCUUGCACAUUCCUCCCCCACCCGAGACUUCUCCCGAAGAUGAGGAGCACACAGACAAAGAAAAAGGUACACAUGUAGGAUCGCCAGCCAUAAAGCCAGCUAGACCAAGCAGGAAAGCUCCCGCUCCACCUAGACCUCCACCAUUUGUAGCAUCAACUUCAGCUGAGACACCUGAAACUGGUAUCACAACUCCUGCAGCUCCUUCUGAAAGCACAUCUGAAGAUAAGUCUCCUUCGAAGGAAAGAUUGUCAUCAUCAGGUGGUAGCAUGCCUGACGAAAAGUCUUCUUCGAAAGAGAGAUCACCGUCACUGCCAGCGCCAUUUGAAAACCUGAAGGAAAAGCUAACAAUGAAGAAAAGCAGCCCAAACCCAGACAGCACACUAUCAUCAGAGCCAAAGAGGGACAGCUUCAUCAAAAGAAAGCUCAGUCGUAGCAAGAGCAAGGGAGAAGAGGACAGGAAGAAAGUGGUACCCAAGUCCACAUUCUACAUCCCUCCUCCCACAGAAGAAACAUCUUCAGAGGCAAAUACACAGUCGAGUCCCUCUCAGCAUCGGAUACCCCCUCCAACCUCCCCACCUCCCAAACCACCUUCUGCAACACUAAAACCUACUAUGCCCAAAACACCAUCUCAACCAACCCCUCCAGAAAAUAACUCAAAAGAAAGCAGUGCAAGAAAUAGUAGAGGAAGUUAUGUAGAUAUGAACAUCAGUGGCGGUAGUGCUGAAGAUAUCGGGCCUGACGUGGAUGCAGAAUACAUGGACAUGGACACAAGUGUGAAAGCGAACAGUGGGGAAAAUCUCUACCAGAACCAGGCUGACAGCACAGACAACUUGUACAUGAACCAGGAAGGGAGGAAAAACAAGAAAACAAGAUGA